AUGGGAGUGCGAUCGAGAGACCGACGAAGCCUCGUCAUUGGAUUGGUGCUCUCCGUUGGUUUACUGUUACUGUUCGUGCUCUACAGUUACCUUUCCCCCAAUGAUGAUGUGCACAUCGAUGUCCCAGUCGAUGGCCCGGGUGCGAUGAUUGAGGACGUCACGGAGCUUGCCAGCGGCAACUACCGCAGUGUCGUUGGGAAGUCUAAGUUUGCCCUGGUAGAGUUUUACGCGACUUGGUGUGGCUACUGCAAGGAAUUCGCGCCGGUGUACGCAGAACUGGCAGCCGCAGUGCGCGCAGACGCCAUGCUUCGCGAAAGGGUGGUGCUGGCUAAGAUAGAUAGCCGACGUGUGCGACAACUGGCGCCGCACUUUCAAGUGAAAGGAUACCCGUCCCUUUUCUUGGUCCCGCCCUUCGAGGCGAAGGGGCAGGAGUAUAAGGGACAGCGCUCUGUGAAGGCAAUACUUGCGUUCCUGCGUGCUCACGUUCACUGA